AACACAGAACCAGCACGCAUUAGAUCCCAAUUCCCAACAGCUUUCUCUCUUUAUCGAUCUCGCUACUCUACACUCCCUCCCUAUAUACGGAGUGUUCUUGUCUUCUCCACCCAAUUUGUUAAUUACCGAUUUCUUUCCCUCCCUAUUUCUCAAUUUGGUCUAAGAUCCUACAUCUCUCUGCUGCCAAAACAUAAAAUAAAAAUAAAAAUGCACUGCAUUCUUGAAAGUAGUAGCAUCCCCCUGGAAUAUGGAAGGGAUGCAGGAACACAAUCUUCGCCUUCAAUCGAUUCAGUUUUCUCUAAUAUAUUGGAAUCUGCUCAGAAUCACAACAGCGGUGUUCCAGAGCCAAUUGGUUCCUCAGUCUACCUCAGACACAGAGAUAUGAUCCAGAAAUUCUGCAGAGAAAACAGAGUUACCCCUCUUGCACAGCGAACUAGUACGACGAACACCUUCGGGUACGAGAUCCCGAUGAAGAAGAAGAAGCUGUACAGGGGAGUGAGGCAGAGGCACUGGGGGAAAUGGGUUGCGGAGAUCAGACUUCCCCAGAACAGAAUGAGAGUUUGGUUGGGGACUUAUGAAACUGCUGAGACGGCAGCUUAUGCCUAUGACAGAGCCGCCUACAAGCUUCGCGGCGAGUACGCCCGCUUGAAUUUCCCGAACCUCUCCGAUCAGACGAGCGUGCUGGGUUUGGGAGAUGGCCCAAAAUUGAUGGCCGUAAGGAACGCCGUGGAUGCUAAGAUCCAAGCAGCUUCCGAGAGGGUCAAGAGGGAGAGCAGAUCCAAAAAGGAAGCCAGGAAAAUCAGGCCAAAGGAGAAUUCCGGAAACGGCAAAAUAAGGAAUCGCGAUUCGACUCUGAUAAUAGAAUCGUCUUCGUCGCCUUCUUCGUCUUCUUCCUUUUCCGGGUUUAGCGAUAUGGUCUCAACGAGUAGUGUUUCUGGAGAUGAUGAGCUGUGCAAGAGCGAUUUUCUGGGGGCGGCUUCUCUGGAAUCUGAGUUUGAAUAUUGCACCCUUGCGAGGAUGCCAUCGUUUGAUCCGGAAUUGAUUUGGGAAGUUCUUGCCAAUUGAGAUACGACUCUGCUGCUUAUGAUAGAUAGAUCAGUUUUGUUAAUUGUUUGAUUAGUGAUUAAUCUGUGUAUUUAACUUUUCGACUCACGAGUAAGUAAUCUCAUCUAGUAUCUUUCUGUCUUUUUUUUUUUUUCUACUACCGUAGUAGGGAAAUCGUGAUUUACUCAUCUACCCCUUUGUGUUUGUGGCAUGGGUCUUUCAUCCGUUCAGCUGUGCCAGUUUUUGGUCCAGCACUUAAUUUUUCAAUUUGAUUUAAAUUAUUGCACCAGUUCGUAACAGUUCUGUAUUUU